AUGUUACGUUGCUUUCUCGCUGGAGAUAGCGCCGGUGGAAACUUAGCUCAUCAUGUUGCUCAACGAGCCUGUGAAUUCAACUUCCGACGACUCAAGGUCAUCGGAGUUGUAGCAAUUCAACCAUUCUUUGGCGGCGAGGAGCGAACGGAAUCCGAGACCCGGCUCGCCGGAACACCAUUAGUUUCCAUAAAGCGAACAGAUUGGAUGUGGAAUGCAUUUUUGCCAGAAGGGGAAGGGUUCAAUCGCGACCACCCAAUCAUCAACGUUAGCGGCCCACAGGCGGUGGACAUAUCGGAAAUAAAAUUGCCGCCGGUGAUGGUGGUGGUGGCGGGGUUCGACGUCCUACAUGACUGGCAAAAAAGGUACUAUGAGUGGCUGAAAAAGUCCGGGAAAGAAGUUUAUUUGUUUGAGUAUCCAAACAUGUGCCAUGCUUUCUAUAUCUUCCCGGAAUUGCCUGAAUCUGGACAACUUAUUGACCAAGUGAAAGACUUCAUUCAUAAAGUAUCGAGUAAUGUUGCCACUUUGUAACAAAUUAAAACCAUGGUUAAUAAUUAGUUUUAUUACAUAUGCAUAAAUAUAAAUAGCUGUAUCAAAAUCAUUUUAUAUUGUAUGAUUUGAGAAGUCUGAUUUUGG